AUGAUCAAGAAUCCUAUGAGCCAUGUUUCUUGUCUUGUCUUCUGGUUGUUACUGUUUAAGACUUUAUUGGCCAUGGCCGGCAUGGCACAAAACACAACGAUACCAGUAAAUGUGGGGGUGAUCCUUCACUUUGAUUCCUUGUUCGGAAAGGUGGGUUUGAGCUGCGUUAACAUGGCCCUCUCUAACUUCUACGCUUCUCAUGCUUACUACAAGACUAGGCUGGUCCUUCACACCAGGGACUCCAUGAGAGAUGUUGUUGCUGAAGCUGCUGCAGCUUUAGAAUUGAUAAGGGACGUUGAAGUGCAAGCUAUUAUCAUAGGACCGGAGUCAUCAAAAGAGGCCAACUUCGUUAUUGAGCUUGGAGACAAAGCUCAGGUGCCCGUAAUCUCAUUUUCGACAACGAGUCCUUUCCCAGCUACUUCUCAGACAUCAUAUUUUUUCCGAAUUGCACAGGAUGACUCAUCUCAAGUGAAAGCCAUAAGUUCCAUCUUCCAAGCCUUUGGAUGGAGUGAAGCUGUUCUCAUCUAUGUUGACAACGAGUUUGGAGAGGGAGUAAUACCUUACCUGGGUAAUGCUUUGCAAGAAGUUGGUGCUCGUAUCUCCUACUGGAGUGUCAUCCCUCCAGUGGCCACUGAUGACCAUAUUGUUUCAAAGCUUCAACACUUGAUGACUAUGAAAACAAGGGUAUUCAUAGUACACAUGUUGCCUUCUGUUGGUUCUAGGGUUUUUGCCAAGGCAAAAGAGAUAGGCAUGAUGAGUGAAGGUUAUGCUUGGAUAAUGACAGAUGGGAUGACAAACUUUUUUGGUUCCAUAAAUUCUUCUGCCGUAGAUAACAUGCAAGGGGUGUUGGGUUUGAAAACUUACAUCCCAAAUACACAGGAGCUUGAACAUUUCAGAGUCAGAUGGCAGCAAAAAUUCCAAAACGACAAUCCAACUAUUCUAAAUGUUAAGUUGGAUGUUUUUGGACUGUGGGCUUACGAUACUGCUGGGGCACUGGCCAUGGCAGUGGAGAAGGUUGGGAGUUCUAAAAACUUCAGCUUCCAAAAGACAAACACUUCUGACAGAGCCAAUGAUCUAGAAACCCUAGGGUUCUCUCUAAGUGGUCCUCAACUUGUCCAAGCACUAUCGAGUACAAUAUUCAGAGGCCUCUCAGGUAAUUUUACUCUUGUUAAUGGACAACUUCAGUCAUCAGAUUUUCAGGUGGUUAAUGUGAUUGGUAAUGGGGAAAGAGGACUUGGAUAUUGGACACCCAAAGAUGGACUUGUGAGAAACAUGAAGUCUGCAAACACAAACUCAAACACAAGCAUAAACACAUAUUCUACCACUUCCAAUGCCAGUAGUCUUGGACCUAUUAUAUGGCCUGGUGACACAACCACCAUUCCAAAAGGUUGGCAGAAUCCUAACCAUGGGAAUACAUUGAAAAUUCUAGUUCCAGUGAAGCGUGGGUUUAAAGAACUUGUAAACGUGACACUUGAUCCUAGCACUAACACAACCAUGAUCACUGGAUUCUGUAUUGAUGUCUUUAAAGCCACAAUCGAACAAUUACCAUAUGCUGUUUCCUAUGAAUUUUACCCUUUCGUGAAGCCUAAUGGUGAGGCAGCUGGCAGCUACAAUGAUUUGAUCUUUCAACUGUUUCUUGGGAACUAUGAUGCUGGAGUGGGAGAUAUAACGAAUAGAGCAAAUAGGUCGCUGUAUGUUGACUUUACAUUGCCUUAUACAGAAUCUGGGGUAUCAAUGGUGGUACCUAUCAAACAUAGCAAAAGUAGGCAAGGUGCAUUGGUGUUCUUGAAGCCUUUUACUUGGGACCUUUGGGUAAUAACCUGUUGUUGUUUCAUCCUCAUUGGAUUCGUUAUCUGGGUUCUUGAACACCGGAUAAACGAGGAUUUUCACGGGCCUGGCGGGCCUGCCGUAAGCUUUUGGUUCUCCUUCUCAACCAUGGUUUUUGCACAGAGGGAGCGACUAGUGAGCAACUUGUCUAGGUUUGUAGUGGUAGUAUGGUGUUUUGUAGUCCUCAUAUUAACUCAAACCUACACAGCAAGUUUAACAUCGUUGUUAACCGUCGAAAAGCUCCAACCAACCGUUACUGACGUAGGCCAGCUCCUCAAGAAUGGAGACUUUGUUGGCUUCCAAGAAGGUUCAUUUGUCCAGGAGUUACUGACACAUGAACUAGGGUUUCAUGUGGAAAAGCUUAGGGCCUACAGAUCGACACAAGAGUUGGCUCAACUUUUUGAAAAGGGCGGUGUUUCUGCUGCCUUCGAUGAAACCCCAUUCAUGAACCUUUUUCUUUCAACUUAUUGCUCAGAAUAUACCAUGAUUGAAGCAACGUUAUUCAAUGCUGACAGUGGUUUUGCCUUCGCCUUCCCAAGAGGUUCACCUCUAACUCUUGAUGUUUCAAGGGUGAUCACUAAUCUGCAAGAGCAAGGUAAAAUAGAGAGCAUCAAGGACAAAUGGUUCAAGAAAGAUGCAGGUUGUAAGAGGGACCCUGCCACCACUUCCAUUAGCUUCAAUAGUUUGUGGGGAUUAUUCUUGCUUGUUGGGGUUUCUUCAGCAUUUGCUCUUCUCGUACAUGCAGCUAUGUUCUUCUACCAGAAUAGGCACCUGCUGAUACUCCCUGAUCCGAAUGCUUCACUCUGGCACAAACUAUGCAAGAUAGUUACCUUCACAUUAUAAGUCCAGUUGAAUCCUCACUAGACGCCAUGAGUAACAUUUCGUUGGGCGUCGGUGCCAGUCAAACGACACCGAAAGCAGCAAGUGCCUACCCCGCAUGGUGAAUUGAAUCCCCAUGGUGAAGCAAUCCAUGAUAUUCAGCCAGCUAUUUAGAUACACAACUGAUGUAGUAGUGGUCGAAUUAGAGAUCGAAAUUGCGUAAUGAAAGCUGUGCGUCGUUUGAUGACAAAUACGACCGAAACUGAAAAAACCAAGUUAUACUUGUUAACUGCAUCUCAAUUCAUUAUGUAAUAGACAAGGAAAUGAAUUCUUACAUUCCGACCAACCAAACGAGGCGACAAUGAACGAACCU